AGGAACUCCAACCCAUCUUCACGAGCGAGUUUUUUACCUACAGUACCUCAACGCACACUUUUCCUUUAUUUUGUGUUUCGUCUUCGUCUCCUGCACUACCAUUUGCAUUUCUUGCUUAUUUCUGAGUUCCUGAUGUCCUUUCAUUGAUCCAUUUUGCUCCGACUCCGGCGUGACAAAAACAAUUGAAUAACGAACGGAGACGAUGCGAAUCCUCCCGGGGAACAAAGGCAUGAACCAGCCACCAGCUGCGCAGCAGCACCACCGUCACGGCGACCUGCCGCUCAAGAAAAGCGGUGCGUUUUGUGUCCUUGUCUCCGUCGGAAAUGUUCUCCUGGAAAGGGCCAUGGGCCUCAACAUGCGCACGCUCCAGCCCCUCCGCGGGGACGAUACAACUGGUCGUGGUGAUGCGGCCAGCGGCAGAUCCUCCGGGAACAACAUGAUAAAAGCGCAUGCUCAUGAACAACAAGAAGAAAAGCACGACUUUUCCUUUGACCACUUGGUCACCCAGCGUGGGGAUUCCGAGAACGAGGAUAACUCGAUGGACUUUUACGAAGAUCCAGCGGACGCGCCUCUUGUUACUAGUAGUGCCAGUGAACAAGAUUUUGGCACUGCAACAUCAAGCACUCUGGCGCUGCUUGGAAACGACCACGACGACAUUCCCGACGAACCGCUGUCCGCCCUGGAGUUGGAGAAGAUUCCGCCCGUGGUGUCUUCCUACACGCAGGUGAUUGCCGAGAUGCUGAAGGAAGACACCAUCAAGCGGAGGAAAAAGCUGCGGCAACAUCAAAUGGUCGACGUCGAGGGAUAUCAAGUCGCUGUUGAAGAAGCGCAAGAAGUGAAGAAAGCGGUUGAGACCACCACGUCGACAAGUGGCGCUCUUGUCCUUCCGCAGGAUCAGGCAGUCGAGGCCAAACAAGAAGAAGCUCCCAUUCUUGAACCAGGCACCGCUCCAUCUCCGAUCAAGGCGCCGGGCUUCUUGGAACUGAGCAAGGUCCAAUUGCAGCAGAAGUCGGUCUGUUGCGGCGACCAGAGCGAAAUCACGCCCAUCGAAGACGACAAGACGUCCACCAACUGGGAUCCACACCAGACGGGCAUGGCGGGCGCGGACCUGACGGACAACAUGAUGGGCUUAUCAAAUGUAAAAAUGUCUGGGUCUGGAAGAAUGCAACUUGUCAUGCUGAUUUUGGAUUCUAAAAAAAUCUGUAUUGCAUGAGCAGCAAAGAGAGUCAAAGUUUUGGCACACGGAAAGAGCAUUUGUCAUGCGGUAUAGGCAUCAGGAAGCCCUCACAAAAUCUGUGAUGCUAGGGCAUGCAUCACAGACAUCAGGAGUCAUGCAAAAUGUGCAUGACAAACCUGGCAAUCUUCCAGACCCAGACACUUUUACAUUUGAUAGGGCUACUUUGAUUACUACUACAAGGGGUUUCUCCUGAAACCGCUGGAGACGCCGUACGACGAGGAGGGGAAGGAAACCAUUCCGCGGAUCCUGCACCGCAUGUUUCUGUCCGGAACCAGCAAAGGGCGAAACGUGACCGAGGACGGAGUGUACGCCCAGAUGGCCGAGCCCAUGAAGCGCGCAUUUCGCAGCUGGCCCGACAUAAACCCGGACUACAAAGCCGUUUUUUACAACAUGGAGCAGGCCGAGGAGUUCAUCAACGAGCACUACUUGCCGCGGGUCUACACCGCCUUCAAGGCCAUCAAGCCGAACGCCUACAAGGGGGACCUGUUUCGCCUGCUGGUGCUAUACAAGGUGGGCGGGUGGUACGUGGACUUGAAGAUCGAGUACAACAAGAAGGGGCAGAAGCUGGAAAAGGUGGAGCAGCAGAUCGCGGACUACCAGGCGGAGAAAUACAAGAACACCAAGAAGAAGAUCACGCCCUUAAACCUCGGCUUCAUCGGGGCCUGCCAGUCCAACACCGGGGCCUGGAUGCAGGAUGGCAUCAUGAACGCCGUGCUGGCCGCGAAACCGGGGAACCCCUUCCUGGGCGACGCCAUUUACCGCAUCAUCACCGACGUGGAGCGCCUAUGCAUUGCAAAUAAAGUCUCGUACUCGUAUAAAUGCAUUACAAGUUAUUUCCUCAGCAUGAGAAAUAGAAUUUGUAAUGCUGAUUUACCUCUAAGAAAAUUUGUAAUACAUGAUUGCAAUUAUACGACUACGAUACUUUUGCACAGGACAGCGCCACGACAAGGGCGACGGCAUCUUUUCCAUGACGGGCCCGGUGGGGCUGUUUCGCAUCCUGCAGCACGACCCGGGCCAGGGCUGCCUCGACAUCCACGGAGAGCGCGGCGACGUGGCCAUGAUAUGCCAUGCAAAUAUCGAUCUGGGUCUGGAAGGAGGCAACUUGUGAUGCUCCCUUUGGAUCCUACAUGAAAUCUGUAUUGCAUGAACAGCAAAUAAAGGGGUCCAGUGUUUGCUACGCGGAGAGGGCAUUUCUCAUGCGAUAUGAGCAUCAGAAAACCCUCGCAGAAUCUGUGAUGCGAGGGCAUGCAUCAUAGACAUCAUGGGUCAUGGAAAAUAUGCAUGACAAACGUGGCUCUUCUACUCCAGACCCAGACAUAUUUGCAAUGCACACAUGAUCCGGUGGUACGACGAAAAGUGGUUUACCACCGCGACGAAAAUGGAUAUGCUGUGCAAAAGUAUCGUACUCGUACUAAUUGCAAAUAUACAUGACAAAUCUCCUUCCUAAGGUAAAAACAGCAUUAGAGAUUCCACUUUUCUUCUUGCCAAAUAAAUCUGUGAUGCAAUUUAUACUAGUGCGAUGCUUUUGCAAUGCAUAAUGGACGACACCACCCGAUUCUGCGAAAAAUCCGACGCGAACCUGAAGCCGGGCGCAGGGUGGGACGCUGUACGGAAAGGAAAAGGAGUGAUAGCUUUACUGUUUAUUUGUUUCAACUAAUAAAAAAAUAGGAAGUAUGAAGUUCAAGUUCUGUACAUGCGCCACAAAUGAUCCGGACUGCCUAGUAGUGUAUUUCUGUGCAAGAAGUAGUCCUUGCUGUAAGACGAGGCACAGUUGCGCAACUCAAUCUCAAGCAGCUCAUGUACUAUCCGAAUUACGUUGAUGAAUUACUAUGAUCGUCAUCGUCCAAAGUAGAAGUAACAUUUGUAGAGCGGGAAGUACAAGUAGAACGAACAAGUGCUAUUGCUAUGUGACUUGCACUUGUCGAAAUAUCAAGCAUCACUUUUUUUUCCCUCCCAUACGGGCUCGGUGGGAACAAGUACGACGUGAUGUGGCGGAACGACGACGUUUUUCGGGACGACCGCGCGCCGGACAGCAGCACUCCCAGCGCCAAGAAAACUGCGAUGGCGCGGAGCUGCUUUCACAAGCUGAAGGACCAGAAGCGGUUGUUCUACGUGAUCAAAACCAACGGAGCCUGCACCUACCGGUGGGACGGCGGCGGCGCCACGGGCGGCCUCCCGGUGCCACCGAUUAUGGAAAAAAUGCGAAGGGGAGGUGUAGCUUCAACUAGAGCUGCAGGGAAUACUAACUCCGAUUUUUUUCUUUUUACUUGGGGCUACACGUGAUUCAGGGCCCAAUUCAAUUGCAACUCCUUUCAUCAUUGGCAACUUGCAUCAUGAAAUCUUGCUCUAUGAUCCACCAGUUCGCAAGACUGGUAUACAAGUGGCACUUUAAGAAAGAACGACAUCGCUCCAGAUUAACAAGUUAGUACAAAGACAAACCGAAUAAAAAAGGAACUACCAGAUGAUGAAGCAGCUGCAGCUGCAGCUACACCAACACCUUUUCAACGGCAUACCAAAGCCGCCAGCUGCGCCCGGGACCGCGGGCACGACGACGGGUGGCCAUCCGGGUGGAGUGGGAUCAACGAAGCAACCAACUGCGGGUGCGGGCGGGGAUGAGUAACCUCUUGUAAGAAGGAGGAGAGGCCGACCUGUAAGUUUGAAAUUGAAACUGCCGUGAACAUUUUUUUCUUGAACAAUAAGAUUUCUGUAUUCUUUUCAUCUUAUAAUCUUUUUCUUUAUCAAAAGCAUUGAAAAAAUGACGUAUCGGGUAGUAGUUGUACAUCUUCUUCUCGCAUUCACAUCGCAUCAUAACACCAGUAGAGUUAUUUUUUACCAAAUUGAAAUUUCAUUUUUGCCACCAGCAGUGCUAUCUUCAUUAUUAUUUUUCAUAUAGUCGUGACAAAUUGAAAUUCAAAUUGUGGCUCAUUGUUUUUGUGACGAAGCGUUUCUUUAUGAAGAUCAUAAAAAGCUGCAACAGCUUCGGUGACGAGCGAUCGUUGUGUACUCGCAACAUGAGGUCGUUGCACACUUUCAUGCUGCUUCGAACCAGUCAAGAAGCGGCGCCUGAAGACGUCUCGGCAGCAUAUGGUCCGUAGGUGGAUCAUAUUCGUCACGAUGUUGAAGCAGUGGUGCACCAGCAAACUUGUCAUUUUAUUCUAAAAAUUCUUACCUACAUACAAUUACACCGUGUUUUCCUACCUGUGGGACAGAUGUUGGCACAU